GCGCUUUUGUAUUUUGUGCAUUUGUGAUAAAAAAAUAACACAAUUAGUAUGGAAAACAAGAUAGUUGUUGAUAAUAUAUUUCACUCCGAAAAAUAUAAUAGUUUAACAGCAUUAGUGAGUGAACUGGACACUCUGUUGUACAAAAAUUUACACACAUCAGAUACAAUUGCAGCGGAUCUCCUAGAUGCCGACUUUAUAGAAGAAAUAAGGACUGCAACCAGACAAAAUGAUGUAGUUCUACACUUUGGGACCACACUGAGGGAGCUAAAAUGUGUUAUAACUGAUGAAUCAGCUUUUAGAGACCAUACAGUUUUCAUACGUUAUGAAGGCCCUAAGAAAUUGUGUGUCAUUGAUGCAUCUAUACCUCAUGCAGCAUUGCAAGACAAAGAAUAUAAAAGUAUUAAAGACAUAGUGAAAGCUUUUGAGGAACACGUAAAUGCGCUAUCUGGUUAUUUUUAUGAAUUGGAACGCAUUGACAGAUACUGCACUGUUAUGGAACCUGCUAAGCCAUCAUUUAGAGAUGACUUUAGAAGAAUAUUACUAGAUGACAGGACUUGGCUGCAUGUUGAAGUGACCUCCAAGGGCUGCGCUGCAAACAUUCACCUGCUGGGUCACUCGGAGCAUUGGCAUGACAAGUUACAAGCCGGUCUGCUUAACUGGGACCAUGACAAGGAUAUUGUAGAAAAUAUUACAACUAUGUUUGAUAUAGCAAGUUUUCCUGUUAUGGAUAAACCUCCAACCACAAAUAAAGGUUCAGAGAAUUCACCUGAAGAAGUUGUUUGCAACAUUUGUCUCUGCUCAGAAUUACCUGAGAUACCUGGUGUUCCUCAGCCUUUAUGUCAGAAUCCACAGUGUGUAGUUUAUUUCCACAGGAGUUGCUUAUUCCAGUGGCUGGUUGCCUGUUCUGGUGGACGUCCGCCGGUAUUUGGAGUAGCUACAGGCAGUUGUCCCACAUGCUUAAAUCCAACGACUUGUAAUGAAAAUGAUAAUUAAACAAAAAAUUAU